AUGACAAAGAAGAAGGGAGGAGGAGGACAAUAUCACCUACCAAAACAUCUCCGAAAUAGUGGUGGAGGUGGCAAAGGAUCAGGUGGUGGAUCAUCCACUACCACUACUAUUAGUAAUAGUAACAAUUCUUCUACCAACUAUAAUAGUACAAAUGCUGAUGUCAAUAAUAUGAGUGCCUCUACCUUGAGUCAUCAACCGAUUGAGGUGUUAUCUAGAAUGUCUCCUCAAAAAUUGUUAGAGACAGUUGGUUGUUCUAAUAGCUCAAUGAUGGAAUUAGGUGAGGCCUACUAUUUGAGAUUGGUCUAUAUUGAUCCAGAUGAGGGAAUGAAGAAGAAGUGUAAAUUAUUGCAAGAAUAUUAUGGAAAUCUUUGUAAAUUGUUUGAAUUGGAGAGUUUUGUAACAGAGUUGGAGGUUGAUGUGAAUAUUGUUCAUCAAAAUGCUCAGUUAUUUGAGGAUAUUCAGAAUGUUCUCUCUGCUAUCAGUAAUCAAAUUACAACUUAUGAUAUUAGAGCAAUGUUAUACAAGUUGGGAGGGUUGACUCAUGCUUGUGACAUUUGUUGUACUUUAGUGUUUAUUAUUCCUCAUAUUAUUGACAAGUCAUUGAAUGCUCAGUGUAGCAAAUUUAUUGAAAAUUCACUCUUGGCUCUAACUUUUAUACUUUUCAAAAUAACAGAUCAUUCGAGAGGAAGAGAAAUUUUGAAACAAUCUGGCAUGUUUGGAACAUUGUGGAAUAUUUCUCAAUUUUAUUCACAAUAUAUUGACAAGUUCCUCAAGAAUGAAGGUCAGAAAACAGAGUGGUAUAAAGUAGACUCUGUUGUGAGUGAAACUGUCACUAGUAUAUUGUAUCAUAUUGGAGAAAUUCUGAACGCUCUCACUGAAGAGUAUGCUCUUGAAGACGAUUUUGAAAAAUUACUUAUUACUGCAAAUCCAAAAUGGUUUCCAACUAUUGGAAUGAAUGAAAAAUUUGGCAGAUUUACAAGUGAUAUUCAUUUUGCAAUUCUGGACCUUCCAGAUUUACUAGAUUGGAAUCCUAAUGAAUUUAAUCUGUAUAUAACUGGGUCGAAACUACGUUUAUCUGUUGAAGAUUUCGAUAUUCAUGCUCACUAUCCUGUCAUUAGAGCAAGAACUGGCUCUAAAUUCCUUCACACAGCCAACGUUUUGAAAUGGAAUCCACAAACAGGACUCGUCGAAGAAGAUAACGAUAAUGGACCUGGAUAUUAUAUUCUGAGAGGAGAUCACCAUCCAAGAAACACUCUUGCCUUUGUUAAAUUUAUCCAAGUAUUAUAUUGUGGAAAUAUUAAGAAAUAUCAAUCUGACUUUGAAUAUUUGAAUGAAUUAGUACCUUCCAGUUUGGGUAUACAAGAACAACAAAAUGAAAUCAAGAAGAAGGAAGACGAAAUGUGUGACUCUUUACACUCAUUCAGUAUUUUUAUUCAUAAUGAAGAAACCAAAAAAUCCCUUCGCCUUAUUGUACCUCAAUAUAAGAACUCUGGGCUCAGUUCAAGUGUUUCUCAAGCAUAUUCUUGCCUAUUUGACGAUACUGACAAGAUAUUAUUCACCCUCCACGUGCGAGGUUCAUACGGUUCACAAAACCAAUUUGAGAAUUAUAAGAAGGCAUACAUCAGAUCAUUAUCUUACAAUAAGACAAUUUCCCCCAUUAAUGCUGAUUUUAAGGCAUACUUUUCAAAUCAGCACUUGAAUUUAGAUCAACAUUACGACAUUCAAUUACAAUCCUAUGGAAAUAUUGUGGAUGAAGCAAUUGCAUCUAGUAAGAAUGUACACUAUAACAAAGUUUUAACCACAAUUAAGGAAGAAAGUGGAAUUCCUUCUCACAGAUGUAUUUUAGCAUGCAGAAGUGAAUAUUUACGAAAGGUUUUGGAAUAUGAAUCAUUAUCUCAUAAUAAUUCUACCAAUAUGGAUGAAUUCGUUGUUCAAGAUAUUUCCGCAACAACCCUUUGGAUUAUUAAUCAAUACAUGUACAGUGGAACCUCUGUAUUUGAAAGAAAUCCAAUACCUAGUGAGGCAUUGAUUGAAUGCUUUGUUGUCAGUGAUUUGUACAUGUUAUUUGGAUUGAAGAAGUUUGCAGAAGAAAAAUUAUGUGAGGUUUUGGCUCAGUGGAAGAAUCUGUUUUCUAAAUGGAAAACAGAAGAUGUUUCUGGUUCAUCGGAGAUGGCAAUUAUUGAGGAAUUAUUUGAACUUGCCACUGUACAUGUAGCUGUAAAUUUAAAAUCAGAUAGUUACGAUCUACUUAAAGAGUACAAAACCAAAACUAGUGAAUAA